UCCGGGAGAGACGGAGUCUUUCUGGAAGCUGGGAGGAACUCGGGAUUCGCAUGACUGGGCCCUAGGAGAGGAGGGGGAUUGGGAAUUUGUGCUCCUGGGUGUGAGGGGGGCGAUUGGUUGGGAGCCGAGAAGCCUGUGUCUGAAGAAGGGGGCUGGGGCCGAGACUCCUGGGUCUGAGGGCGGAGGCACCGGGAUCUGGACUUGUGGGUGCGAUCGCGGAGAGGUCGAGUCCCGGGCUCCCCGGGUUUGUGUCGGAGAGCAUCCUUGUGACCUUACCAGAAUUAAGAGUCGUGAGCAAGACCCUCGGAAUUUAUUGGAGGUCCACAGAGGCACACACUCCCCGAUCCCCAUGCACUAGUGGACGAUGGCAGCUGACCCAGGACCCCGAGAGAGCCUCGGAGGCUAAGGGAAGAGAGCCUCCUGUCCCAUCCCGCAAUGUGGCAUCCGCUGAUUCUGCUGCUGCUCCGGUCCGCCCUGGCGCCCCUCUCCUCUGCGGCCCCAAUCCGCGAAACUGACUCCCAGGAGAUAUCCUCGGGUUUUCUAGGCCUCCAGAGCCUACUCCAAGGCUUCAGUCGACUUUUCCAGAAAGAUGACCUGCUACGGGGUCUGGACAGCUUCUUCUCUGCACCCAUGGACUUCCGGGGCCUUCCCAGGAACUUCCACCAAGAAGAGAACCAGGAACGUCACCUAGGGAAUAACACCCUCUCUAGUCACCUCCAGAUCGAUAAGGUAACUGACAAUAAGACAGGAGAGGUGCUCAUCUCCGAGAAGGUAGUGGCAUCCAUUGAACCCGAGGGGAGCCUGGARGGUGACUGGAAGGUACCCAAGAUGGAAGAGAAGGAAGCCCUGGUUCCCCUCCAGAAAUUCAUGGACAGCUUUCACCCAGAACCGCAUCCCCGAGUAUCCUUCUGGAUCAUGAAGCUGCCACGGAGGAGGUCCCACCAGGAUGCCCAGGAGGGUCACUGGCUCAGUGAGAAGCGGCAUCGCCUGCAGGCCAUCCGGGACGGCCUCCGAGAAGGAAGCCAUGAGGAAGUCCUGGAAGAUGGGACCCAGGGCUCCUCCCACUCUAAGCUGCCUGCCCGCAAAACCCACUUCCUGUACAUCCUCAGGCCCCCCCAGCAACUAUAAGAGUGGGGACCGGAAACCCAC